GUUGUUGUUUUAAUCAAAUAUACCAUCUUAUGGCAACAUCCAUUCGGCGUCUCAUUUCACACCGAAAUUUACAGACUUUUUCGUCUGUCAGUCGUGUUAAGUUUUUCGGAUCUCCUAAAAAUUGUUUGUUUAGCAGACUUAAUCAAAUCGUUUCUAGAAAUUUUCAUUUAUCGGCCAAAUAUUUGAGAAUGACGACAGCAUCCAGUAACCGGCUUAGUUGGAAAAUCACCGCAGAUAAGAUCGAAAAGUCUGCCGAAGAACUCAUUACAAAGAACAAAGCUAUAUACGACACCGUUGGUGCUGUCAGUGCCAAUGAUGCUUCGUAUGAAAAUGUUGUCAAGCCUCUUUUGGAUUUGGAUAGAGAGUAUGCAGUUGAAAGAAACAACAUAGACUUUGUUCAACAUGUUUAUGCUGACAAAGCUCUCAGAGAUUCAAGUGUGGCAGCUGACAAGAAACUAUCCGAAUUUGAUGUAGAGAUGAGCAUGAGGAAAGAUGUGUUUGAUGCAAUGGUUGCAUUUGAGAAGAAAGGUACAGAUGGACUAUCAGCUGAGGUGAAACGCUAUGUUGAAAGACAAAUCAAAUUGGGAAAGAGAAAUGGUUUACAUUUACCUACGGAUAAACAAGAUAGAAUCAAGGCAAUUAAGAAGAGAAUGAGUGAUCUGUCGAUUGACUUCAGUAAAAAUCUGGGAGAAGAAAAUACAAUUCUAGAGUUCACAGAGGAAGAGUUGGUUGGACUACCAGAGGACUUCAUCAAAGCACUUGAUAAGACUGAAGAUGGCAAGUGUAAAGUGUCCCUGAAAUAUCCACACUACUUCCCAUGUAUGAAGAAAGCUCGCAAUCCUGAAACAAGGAGAAAACUUGAAACUGCUUUUAAUUCCAGGUGUGUAAAAGAAAAUACUGAGAUUCUUGAAGAGUUAGUCAGGCUAAGACAUGAGAAAGCACAGAUACUAGAUUUUCCAACCCAUGCUGCUUUUGUACUGGACAUGAGAAUGGCAAAAACAGCAGAGAAAGUUGGCUCCUUCUUGAAAGAUUUAGGUCAGAAGUUGAAGCCUUUGAAAGACAAAGAUAUGGAACUAUUCUUACAAUACAAAAAAGAAGAUUGUGAUCAGUAUGGUUAUGAGUUUGACAACCAGAUAAACAUGUGGGAUUACCGUUACUAUAUGACUGUAGUUGAGGAGAAGAAAUACACUGUUGAUCAAAAUAAACUGAAGGAAUAUUUCCCGAUGAAAGUUGUAACUGAAGGAUUACUGAAUAUAUAUCAGGAGUUACUGAGUUUAGAAUUUGUUCUCAUAAAAGAUGCAGAUGUCUGGCAUGAAGAUGUCACCAUGUAUAGUGUGACAGACAAAGAAUCAAAGGAUCUGUUAGGAUAUUUCUAUCUAGAUCUUUUCCCAAGGGAAGGAAAGUAUGGGCACGCUGCUUGCUUUGGACUACAGCCUGGAUGUUUAUAUGGGGAUGGUACAAGAAUGGUCAGUGUGGCAGCCAUGGUAGCCAACUUCACUAAACCCACAGCUGAUAAACCAUCCCUACUAUCACAUGAUGAGGUAGAGACAUAUUUCCAUGAGUUUGGUCAUGUGAUGCAUCAAAUUUGUGCUCAGACCGAGACAGCUUUCUUCAGUGGUACACAUGUUGAGAGAGACUUUGUUGAGGCCCCGUCACAGAUGUUGGAGAACUGGUGCUGGGAGCGUGAACCCCUCAACAGGAUGUCUAAACAUUACGAGAACGGCAGCGCUAUACCGGAAGAUAUCCUUGAUAAGCUCAUACAGAGUAGGAAGGCUAACGCUGGUGUGUUUAAUACAAGACAGAUUCUUCUAGGAACAUUUGAUCAGACCAUUCACACUUGUGCUGAGGCAGAUACUGCAGCAACAUUGUCAAGGUUGACAAAAGAGCUGAUGGGAUUUUCAUCAACUCCAGGGACCAAUAUGGCGGCUUCCUUUGGCCAUCUUGCUGGGGGAUAUGAUGCCCAGUAUUAUGGUUAUAUGUGGAGCGAAGUUUUCUGCAUGGACAUGUUUGCAUCAAGAUUUAAGAAAGAAGGGGUAAUGAAUGUGAAGACUGGAGCCGAUUACAGAAGGUGCAUCCUUCAACCUGGAGGGUCACUGGACGCUGAUGUGAUGUUGCGCAACUUCUUAGGUCGUGACCCCAUACAGGAACCAUUCUUGAUCAGCAAAGGCUUGCAGACAGACAGCAACUUGUGAUCUUGAUUAAAGCUGUGGCUAGACAAUAUGGCAUCAUUUGGAAAGUGAUACAUCAUUUAAUUAAAUCCAUUAUAACAUCUUCAUUUCAGUUGGCAUUAAUUGUUUGCAAAUUUUUAAUUUCCAAUUGUUCAAUGUUGUGCAAGGUGCCUUGGUUGAAAAUAUUAUGUAACAUUUGUAUCAUGCUAAAUUAUCUAGUUGAUUGAUUUAUAUUCCGAUUCUCAAAUUAAAAAAGUGCUAUUAUGUAUUGUACCCAGUACUCGUAUUGUCAGUAAAAAAAAAGUGCUAUUCAUUAUUGUACCCAGUACACAUAUAAUCAGAUAUUUUUAAACUAGGGUGGUCAUCUAUAAAAGAUAUUGUAAGUUUAAAUGAUAGUUAAUGUGUGCUAUGCAAACAAUAAGACUUAUAAAAACAAAUGUCAGUUUUCUUUAGAAAAGCAUAUCAACUGAAAAAAACCCAAAAAAACCCAUUUUUUUGCAGUGAAUAAAAGAUUAAAUUCUUAAUCAACAGAAAUAAGUUUUGUGCGCUUUUGCAUUGUUUACAUUUUUACUAGACUCGAACACUGGCUUCUUUCGCUCAUGCCUUGCUUCAAAUUGAAAAUUUGCAGUUUUUAUUCAACAAAUUUCAAUGUCAAAGUCCAAAAAUUAAGUAUUGAAUCUGGUGUGACAGAAUGCUGGUUCUAUACUAAAUAUACAGCCAAUUCAUUUAAAUCAUUAGAAUUUAGAGAAUUAAUAAACAUUCCAAAAAAUUCACACAAUUGUAGUCUUACAUCACAAUUACUUGUGUUCAGUGGGUAUUUAUUGCUGUAUCAGUAUACAUUUUGUAUGAAAUAAUUUUUGUGGUUAUGUGAAAUUAUGUUACAGAAAUUUUAUAUUGAGCAAAUAAAAUCUAGAAGUGAAUUACAGUAGAACCCCAACCUUACUACCUCCGAAAAAAUUAAGACCACUCCACUAUUAAGUCCAUGGUUUUGGAAAAACUACAACUGGUCUUAUUUGUAGAGUUCUACUGUAUAAUAUUAAAAUAUCAACAUUCUCUUGUUUUGAUUAAAAAUAAACAUUGUUGUUUUGAUUUUGUAAAUUUAAAACUUGAAAAUAAACAUUUGAAGUCAC